UCCUCGGGCCGGGACGCGCGUAGAGAGCCCUGGCCAUCUACGUCGGGAUGCUGUGCCUCGGGAGGCUGUGUGCCGGGACCCCAGGGGUGCUGGGGGCCCGCACCGUCCUGGCCCGGGGUUGGCAGGAAGCGAGAUUGCAGGGCGUCCGCCCCUUCAGUUCUGGAGAAGUGGAUCACACUGUCCUCCUGCCCACUGGAGGCCUCAGCUACAUCCAGGGCCCCACCAGACAUAGCCUUAUCCACAAGACUGUAGGGCAGUGCCUGGAAGCAACAGCGCAGAGGAUGCCUGACAUAGAGGCCUUGGUCAUCCCCCACGAAAACAUCAGGGUGACCUUUGCCCAGCUCCAAGAGGAGGUGGACAAGGCUGCUUCUGGGCUCCUGAGUAUCGGUCUCUGCAAGGGCGACCGGCUGGGCGUGUGGGGACCCAACUCCUAUGCGUGGGUGCUCCUACAGCUGGCUACCGCUCGGGCGGGCAUCAUUCUGGUGUCUGUGAACCCAGCCUAUCAGGCUAUGGAGCUAGAGUAUGCUCUCAAGAAGGUAGGUUGCAAAGCUCUCGCUUUCCCCAAGCAAUUCAAGACUCAGCAAUACUAUAACAUCUUGAAGCAGAUCUGUCCAGAGGUGGAGAAGGCCCAGCCAGGGUCCUUGAAGAGUCAGAGGCUCCCAGAACUGACCACACUCAUCUCGGUGGACGACCCUUUGCCGGGGACCCUGCUCCUGGAUGAGGUGGUGGAAACUGGAAGCAAAGAGCAGCAUCUGGCCCAGCUCCGGUACACCCAGCAGUUCCUGUCCUGCCAUGAUCCCAUCAACAUCCAAUUUACCUCGGGGACGACAGGCAAUCCUAAGGGGGCCACCCUCUCCCACUACAACAUUGUCAACAACUCCAACCUGAUAGGGGAUCGUCUGAAGAUGCACCUGAAGCCGCCAGAGGAGAAACGGAUGAUCCUGCCCAGCCCCUUGUACCACUGCCUGGGUUCUGUAGGGGGCACAAUGGUGAGCGUGAUGUAUGGUACCACCUUAAUCCUCUCUUCUCCGACCUUUAAUGGCAAGAAAGCACUGGAGGCCAUCAGCAAAGAGAGAGGCUCCUUCCUGUAUGGCACCCCCACAAUGUUCGUGGACAUUCUGAACCAGCCAGACUUCUCCAGUUAUGACAUCUCGACCAUUCGUGGAGGUGUGAUUGCUGGGUCCCCUGCACCCCCAGAGCUGAUCCGAACCAUCACUGACAAGCUAAACAUGAAGGAUCUGGUGGUGGCUUAUGGAACCACGGAGAACAGUCCCGUGACCUUCAUGAACUUCGAGGAGGACACUGUGGAGCAGAAGGCAGAAACCGUGGGCAGAAUUCUGCCUCACACAGAGGCCCAGAUUGUGAACAUGAAGACAGGAAACCGAGUAGAGCUGAACACACCCGGAGAGCUGUUCAUCCGAGGGUACUGCGUCAUGCUGGGCUACUGGGGUGAGCCCGAGAAGACCAAGGAAGCAAUUGGACCAGACAAGUGGUAUCGGACAGGAGACAUCGCCGUGAUAGACAAACAGGGCUUCUGCAAGAUCGUGGGCCGCUCCAAGGAUAUGAUCAUCCGGGGCGGGGAGAACAUCUACCCCGCAGAGCUUGAGGACUUCUUUCACAAACACCCGCAGGUGCUGGAAGUGCAGGUGGUGGGAGUGAAGGACGCUCGGAUGGGAGAGGAAAUCUGUGCCUGCAUUCGCCUGAAGAAGGGGGAGAAGACUACGGAGGAAGAGAUCAAGGCUUUCUGCAAAGGGAAGAUCUCCCACUUCAAGAUUCCUCGAUACGUCGUGUUUGUCACAGACUACCCCCUCACCGUCUCAGGGAAGAUCCAGAAAUUCAAACUUCGAGAGCAGAUGGAACAACAUUUAAACCUGUGAAUAAGGGAUUGAGGGGUCCUCACAAGCCCUCCCUGCCCUUCCCCCACAUUCCCAUCUGUCUUUGUGACUUGACAUAAAGAGCUUCUCUGUUUUCUUUG